AUGGCUGCAGAUCUAGCUGGCUUUUGGGACAUGGUGUCAAUUCAGGUGGAUAAUGUACACGAACUUUUCAAAGAGGUCAGUGUUCUUAAAACUAAUGGAUGGAAACAGGAGCAAACUGCACAGACCACUAAUAAUGUCACCAUAGGCCCAGUGAAGAAGAAACCAGCAAAGGUUAUGAAAAAAGCUGUGAAGAAUGACUCUGAGGAACAAAAGGCACGAGACGAGGCCCGCAAGAAACUACUGGAGGAGAGACGGAGGGCAAUGAAGGAAGCAAGGAAAGCUCAACAAACUCAACCUGAUGCAAAUGGCAUAGUAGAUGACGUGGAAAUUAUGGUGGCAGAAAACAAAACUGCCCAUUUGCAGAAUUUAACAGGUGGAAACGAAGACAAAAGAACAAAGGGCAAUGAAGGUGGUGAAGUUAAUGAGAAAACAAAGGAAGAAGAAAAACAAAAGGAAGGCCACCAAUUCUUACAAAUAGUUGAAAACGAGGUUUCUGAAAUACAAGCCCUGAUAAACAGUGCUGAAUCUGACCUGAAAACCUUCACACCACAGAUGAGUGAGGAGGUACAAGGAAAGGUCCUCGCAGCAACAGGAAAGGCGCGCCUCCUUAUCUCGCAGAAGAUAGAGCAGUUCAAAGGCCUAUGUCAACAAAAUAUUGAUGGGCCUAAAGGUGAAGAACCUGCUAUACUAGAUGAGGAUCUGGCUGGAUUUUGGGACAUAGUGUCCAUCCAGGUGGAUAAUGUACACCACCUUUUCAAAAAAGUCAGUGUUCUUAAAGCUAAUGGAUGGAGAGAGAACCCAAAUAAACAGAACACUAAUAAUGUCACCAAAUGCCCUGCUAAGAGGGAACCAGCAAAAGCUAUGAAAAAGGCUAUGAAGAAUUGCUCUGAGGAACGAAAGGCACGAGAUGAGGCCCGCAAGAAAUUACUGGAGGAGAGACGGAGGGCAAUGAAAGCUAAACAAACUCAACCUGAUGCAAAUGGUAGCACAGAUGGUGUGGAAAUUCUGGUAGCAGAAAAGAGUAUGACCCAUUUGGGAGAAGUUAAAAUGAGUAUAACAGACUAUAUUGAUGGCUGA